AUGGUUAAACCACCCUCUAAGGCAGGGCUAGUUGAAUGUAAUAUGGGGUUUCCAACGUGGACACUGAAGAGACAAUUUCUUAUCCUUUUAGGCAUGAUGCUAAUUUCCAGACUCCUUGGGGCUAGAUGGUUUCCUAAAACCCUGCCCUGUGAUAUCAGUCUGGACCCUUCAAAGACCCAUGUGAUCGUGGACUGCACAGAUAAGCACUUGACAGAAAUCCCUGAAGGUAUUCCCACCAAUGCCACCAACCUCACCCUCACUAUUAACCACAUACCAAGCAUCUCCCCAGACUCCUUUCACAACCUGGACCAUCUGAUAGAGGUGGAUUUCAGGUGCAACUGUGUACCUAUUCGAAUGGGGGCCAAAAAGAACAUGUGUGUCAGGAGGCUGCAGAUUAAACCUAGAAGCUUUAGUAGACUCACUUAUUUAAAAUCCCUUUAUCUGGAUGGGAACCAGCUUCUAGAGAUACCUCAGGACCUUCCACCCAGCUUGCAGCUUCUGAGCCUUGAGGCCAACAAUAUCUUUGUCAUCAUGAAGGAGAAUCUAACGGAACUGGUCAACAUAGAAAUGCUCUUCCUGGGCCAAAACUGUUAUUAUCGCAAUCCUUGUAAUGUUUCCUAUUCAAUUGAAAAAAAUGCCUUCCUAAACCUGAGAAAUUUAAAAGUGCUCUCACUGAAAGAUAACAACAUUACAGCUGUCCCUACUCUUUUGCCAUCUAAUUUAACAGAACUCUAUCUUUAUAACAACAUAAUCACAAAUAUCCAAGAAGAUGAUUUUAAUAACCUCAACCAAUUGGAAAUUCUUGACCUAAGUGGAAAUUGCCCUCGUUGUUAUAAUGUCCCAUUUCCUUGCAUACCCUGUGAGAAUAAUUCCCCCCUGCAGAUCCAUGUAAAUGCUUUUGAUGCACUGACAGAACUUCAAGUAUUACGUCUACACAGUAACUCUCUUCAGCAUGUGCCCGUAAGAUGGUUUAAAAAUAUGAAGAACCUUAGAGAACUAGAUCUUUCCCAAAACUACUUGGCCAAAGAAAUUGGGGAUGCCAAAUUUUUACAUCUUCUCCCCAACCUCAUCCAGCUGGAUCUGUCUUUCAAUUAUGAACUUCAGGUCUACCAUGCAUUUAUAAAUCUAUCACAUUCGUUUUCUUCAUUGAAAAACCUGAAAAUUUUGCGGAUUAAAGGAUAUGUCUUUAAAGAGCUGAGAUACCUUAAUCUUUCUCCCUUACAUGAUCUUCACAAUCUUGAAGUUCUUGAUCUAGGCACUAACUUUAUAAAAAUUGCUAACCUCAGCAUAUUUAAACAAUUUCAAAAAUUGAAAUUCAUAGAUCUUUCAAUGAAUAAAAUAUCACCUUCAGAAGAUUCAAGUGAAAUUGGCUUCUGCUCUAACACCAGAACUUCUGUAGAAAGUAAUGGACCCCAGGUCCUCGAGACAUUACAUUAUUUCAGGUAUGACAAGUAUGCAAGGAGUUGCAGGUUCAAAAAUAUGGAGACUCCUUUCUUGACUUUUAAUAAUGAUUGCAACAUGUACGGGCAGACCUUGGACCUGAGUAGAAAUAAUAUAUUUUUUGUCAAGCCCUCCGAUUUUCAGCACCUUUCUUUCCUCAAGUGCCUCAACUUGUCAGGAAAUACCAUUGGCCAAACUCUCAAUGGCAGCGAAUUCCAGCAUUUAGAACAGCUGAAAUACUUAGACUUCUCUAAUAACCGGCUUGAUUUACUCCAUUCAACAGCAUUUGAGGAGCUGCACAACCUGGAAGUUCUAGAUUUAAGUAUGAACAGCCAUUAUUUUCAAUCAGAAGGAAUUACUCACAUGCUCAACUUUACCAAGAACCUAAAGUUUCUGAAGAAACUGAUGAUGAAUGACAAUGACAUUUCUACCUCCACCAGCAGGACCAUGGAAAGCAAAUCUCUUAAAAUUCUGGAAUUCAGAGGAAAUCACUUAGAUAUUUUAUGGCGAGAUGGUGAUAAUAGAUAUUUAAAAUUCUUCAAGAAUCUGCUGAACUUAGAAGAAUUAGACAUCUCUAGAAAUUCUCUUAGUUUCUUACCUCCUGGUGUUUUUGAUGGUAUGCCUCCAAAUCUAAAGACCCUCUCUUUGGCCAAAAAUGGGCUCCAAACUUUCAAUUGGAGAAAACUCUCAUUUCUAAAGAAUCUGGAAAUCUUGGACCUCAGUCACAACCAACUGACAACUCUCCCUGAGAGGUUAUCCAACUGUUCCAGAAGUCUCAAGAAACUGAUUCUUAUGAAGAAUCAAAUCAGGCAUCUGACAAAAUAUUUUCUAAAAGAUGCUUUCCAGUUGCGAUAUCUGGACCUCAGUUCAAAUAAAAUCCAGGUUAUCCAAAAAACUAGCUUCCCACAAAAUGUCCUCAACAAUCUAGAGAUGUUGCUUCUACAUCGUAAUCGGUUUCUGUGCAACUGUGAUGCUGUGUGGUUUGUCUGGUGGGUUAAUCAUACAGAUGUGACUAUUCCUUACCUGGCCACAGAAGUGACUUGUGUGGGGCCAGGAGCACACAAAGGCCAGAGUGUUGUCUCUCUGGAUCUGUAUACCUGUGAGUUAAAUCUGAUUAACCUGAUUCUGUUCUCAGUUUCCAUAUCUGUAGCUCUCUUUCUGAUGGUGGUUAUGACAGCAAGUCACCUGUAUUUCUGGGAUAUGUGGUAUAUUUAUCAUUUCUUUAAGGCCAAGCUAAGGGGGUAUCAGCGUCUGCGGUCAGCAGAAUGUUGCUAUGAUGCUUUUAUUGUAUAUGACACUAAAGAUCCAGCCGUGACUGAGUGGGUUUUAGAUGAGCUGGUGGCCAGAUUGGAAGACCCAAGAGAGAAACAUUUUAAUUUAUGUCUGGAAGAAAGGGACUGGUUACCAGGGCAGCCAGUUCUGGAAAACCUUUCACAGAGCAUACAGCUUAGCAAAAAGACGGUGUUUGUGAUGACAGAAAAGUAUGCAAAGACUGAAAAUUUUAAAAUAGCAUUUUACUUAUCCCAUCAGAGGCUCAUGGAUGAAAAAGUAGAUGUGAUUAUCUUGAUAUUCCUUGAAAAACCCUUUACGAAGUCCAAGUUUCUUCAGCUCCGGAAAAGACUCUGUGGCAGUUCUGUCCUUGAGUGGCCAACAAAUCCACAGGCUCACCCAUACUUCUGGCAGUGUCUUAAAAAUGCUCUGGCUAUGGACAAUCAUGUGGUCUAUAGUCAGAUGUUCAAGGAAACAGUGUAGUUCUUCUUUCCAAAAUGUAACCAUCUAGCUUAUCCAGGGGAUGCCUGGCUGCCUGAAUUUUCUCAAAAACUAUUUCAUUGAAAGAGUGUCUUGAAAUUCUCUUGAGAGCUGGGAUUGCACAUAUCAGAGGGGAGUCACCAAUGAAUGAAGACGAAGUUGGAAAGAUGGUAUUUAUAUAAUGCAUCAGGUUUUCUUGCUUAUUAUUUGUGCCUCCUUUUGCCUGUGAGUCUCUCCACUUUGCUCUUGUAUAAAAUACUGUGGGACAGGUAAUGGGGAAAAAAAUAAGAACCAAGAUACAUCAUGUACAGGUACAAG